UAGGUGACUAAGUUCGGAUGUGGAGGCCUUAGCAUUGGUAUUUCUGGCAGCCACCAGAUCAUGGACGGUGUAAGUUUCUGGCAUUUCUUAAACUCCUGGGCCGAGUUCUCAAGAACAGGGAAGAUCGCGCACGCGCCCCAGGUGACUUUCGGCUACGAGGAGCGAGAUCCAACUCAAGCCAUCAAAGAAGUCCCGAGAAAGCCAAGCAAAAGCAGCGAGAGAUCCCAGGAGCUGGGACUCAAGCACUACAAGAUGGACAAGGAUAUGAUCGAGAAGCUCAAGCGUGAAGCACCAGGCACUACAACUUUCGAGGUUGUGUGCGCUCACUUCUGGAAGAAAGUGGUGGUGGCCAAGGGGCUGGAAGGAUCGAGCAGCUGCGACUUCAUGGUUCUUGUGGAUUGCCGCGGCCGGAUCAAGUCACUCCCCUCCAAGUUCUACUUUGGAAACGCGAUCUGGUCCUCGGUUGCGACUGCCACCGUCGACGAUCUCGCAAGAAAUCCCGUGUCGCAUGCCGCGGCUCUUCUACACGAUGCGAUCACUAGAUUCGACGCACACAAGGCAGAAGAGAAGUUCUAUCAGCGUCGACGUCCACAAGCUCAGCAAGGAUCGCAAGUGCUUGGAUCCAAGCCUUGCUUCACUCUGGUGGCGGUGGAGUCGCCCAAGCAACCGGUUUUCGAGUGUGACUUUGGGUUUGGAAGGCCGGUGGGGAUGAGCUUUGGAGCGAAUGAUCUUCAUGACGGCAAGAUCUAUCUCUUUCCUCUGGCGCCCGGGUCGGGCAGUGGUGUUUCAGUCACUGUUGUUCUUGACAAGGAGUCUCUUGGAAGAAUGCUCUGAUUCA